AUGCACUGCAAAUUGAUUCGGGAGCUGCGGCAGCUGCCAGCGGAGAACACGCUGCUGCUGUCAGGCACGCCCCUGCAGAACAACCUGCAGGAGCUCUGGUCGCUGCUCAACUUCAUCCUCCCGGCCAUCUUCUCCGAUCUCCAUGAGUUCACCUCCUGGUUCGACUUGGCAGGGAGACAAAGUGGCGGAGUGGAUCAGAAAGUCUUUGACAACGAGAGGAGCCUAAGCACGAGCUGUCCUUACCUACCUAUUCCUCUUACGCGCUUCCUCUUCCACCCUCUCUCUUCCUCAGUGUCGUCGUACUCGUUUCUUAAGUCGACUCAAUGGUCCCACCCGUGGCACUUCCUUCUCACCCUGCCUGCCUGGCAGGUGGUGGCGAAGCUGCACCAGAUCCUGCGUCCCUUCCUGCUCGUGGUGGCGAAGCUGCAUCAGAUCCUGCGUCCCUUCCUGCUGCGGCGUAUCAAGGCGGACGUGGAGCAGUCACUGCCCAAGAAGAAGGAAAUCGUGCUCUAUGCUCAGCUGACAGCACACCAGAGGGAGUUCCAGGACCAUCUAGUGCAGCGCACUCUCGCAGACUUUCUCAACUCCACCGUCGCCACCUCCAUGUCGCGGCAUCGACUCAACAAUGUGGUCAUGCAGCUGCGCAAGAACUGCAACCACCCGGACCUCCUCUCCUCGCAGUUCGACGGCUCCUACGUGUACCCGCCUGUAGAGGAGAUGGUGGCACAGUGCGGCAAGCUGAAGCUGCUGGACCGCCUGCUGCCCCAACUCAAGUCCAAAGGGCACAAGGUGCUCAUCUUCUCGCAGAUGACGCGUCUGCUGGACAUACUGGACUACUAUCUGGAGGAGCGCGGCCACCACCCCUUCCGCCUUGACGGAUCCGUCAAGCUCGACGAUCGGCGGCAGCAGAUAGAGGAGUUCAACACGAGUCCAGAGGCGUUCAUAUUCCUGCUCAGCACGCGGGCAGGCGGGCUGGGAAUCAACCUCACAGCAGCUGACACCGUUAUCAUCUACGACUCAGACUGGAACCCCCACCAGGACAUGCAGGCCAUGGACCGUUGUCACCGCAUAGGGCAGACCCGCCCCGUGCACGUGUACCGCCUCGCCACUGCUCACUCCGUGGAGUGCCGGGUGCUGGAUGUGGCGCGGGGCAAGCUGAAGCUGGAGCAUCUGGUGAUUGAGAAGGGGCAGUUCCAGCAAGACAAGGCCGCUCCUGCCAAAACCAAGAUUGACGAGUCAGAGGUGCUAUCACUGCUGCGUCCGGAGCGCUCGCAGCACGAUGAGCUGGUGCAGUCAGCAGAAAUCAGUGAUGAGAACUUGGACCUCCUGCUGGAUCGCACCGACCUGCUCCACUCUCCACCCAACCCUCCUCCUCCUCCUGCUGCUGCUGCUGCUCCUGCUGCUGCUGAUGGGAAUUCGAAGGCGAGUGGUGAAGGGUCGGGCAGAGGGGGAGAGAAGGCGCCUCGUGUGGUGCGGUCGCUGCCAGUGGCCGGGCCUGGAUGGGAGGUGGUGGUUGCGGGCACAGCACCAAGCAGUGUCCUUUCCUCCAUUGGCUGA